AUGAGGCACUCGCCCGUGGAGGAUGAAGUCAGCAGCGGCCUGCUGCCAAGGCAGCCUGCUGGCUGGAGCCACAGCCACGCCCUGCACGCGCUGGCUCAUGGCCUGCUCAGUGCGGCUUCUGCGCUUGGGCGUGGGCUGGAAAGUGCAUGCCUUCCAGGGCUGAAUGAUUAUGAUUUCUUUGGAAACAAAUCUGUCCUGGCCUCGCAGAUGAACGCGUGCAUCAGCGACGCAGAGAAGAACACCGGACUGGCCAUCAGAGCCCUUGAUGAAGGCGACAUUCCCACACUUGCCGAGGCCCUAAUGGCUUGGGCGCACGAACCUGGAGAGCUGCCCUGGCUUCGACCUGGCGUGGGGCUGGCAGCUGAAAGGGUCCUACGCGCCUGCCGAGGAGGACAGCUGGGAUGUGCUUGGCGUAGUGGCGACGAAGGUCGUGGCAGCCCGCAUUGCUUGCUGGGUGCGCAGGGAGCUGUGCAGGACAAUGACUUGACCACUCUGCGGAAGGCGGCUGUUGCUUUGCGACAGCAGGGGGGCGUCGCUUCAAAACAUGGGUUAGCAGCCCAGCGCCCAACCUUCACCUUCCGGCGCAGCGUCGCGGUCUACCCAGAGGAGAUGAUGUUUUUUGUGGUGCGAUGCGAGAGGCAAGUCACAAAUUCGACCCGUUGUGGCUCCGCCUGCGUGAUCAGGCAGGAGCAAUGUCUUGCCAUGGCAAAGGCGACCUUGCUGUGGUUCUUCGGCUAUCGGAAGUGUGAAAGCUGCGAAGAGUACAGCACUUCUGGUUGGUUCGAUGCAGAUGAUGUGUGGUAUUGCGAAGAAUGCCAAAUGAACUGCGUUUUGGACCUUUUCUCCGAUGAGCCAGUUCCGGCUGAAUCGUGGCUUCGAUGUGGCAUCCGCCGUGUGCGCGAGCUUCCUGCGCUGGCGACGUCUCAGCUUCUCGUGUGCACGUGUGAGCUGGUGAAAGUCAGCGGACAUGCCGGCCUUUUCGGCGGUCGAUUGAUGUUGGCGGGGACUGGCAUGGCACUCGGCUCUCUGUGGUCCCACUUGCAAGGACUGUCAUGA